UCAAGGCUGCAGUGACCUAUGGUUACACCACUGUACUGCAGCCUGGGUGACAGAGUGAGACCCUGUCUCAAAGAAAAAAAAAACAAUAUAUUUUGACUGACUCACAAAUUGCAUUGUGUCCUGUGCAUAGUAAUAACUUAGGCAUUUAGGAAUGACAAAGUAACUCCUUUAAGUAUGUUACACAAGGAAGACCAUAGGAAUAUAAAUUGCUGGAUAAUUGUUUUUCAGAUUAAUAAUGAUACAGAAAUAGGACCAAAAUGAGGUUGGAACUGCUUAAGCUGCUGAUAAUGUGUAGUGAACAGCAGUUCUUCCUUUUGACCAUGUUAUCAGCUAAGAUUCAUAGUUUAUAUUAGUAGCAAUGUUUUUGAGGCUUCCAAAAAUCACUGUUGAUUCUCAGAGUUCAUUCUCCCACUUAUACCUAAUCUUCUUGCUUUUGUAUGUGUUCAUUCAUUUGUAGAGUAUAAAUGGCAUUCGCACAGAGGAGAUGGCUGUCGUGACAAAGGGGCCAUCUACUAACCCUGACUCUGAAUGGGAGGGUCCCAAGCAUUCGGUAGUUCCUAGUAAAAGCCAGAUGACCACCCCGUCGGAGUCUCUGCAAAGCUUUGCCUUUGGCUUCCUUUCCAUAAGCAGCAAGGAGACAGAAGAGAAGGAGGAGGGGGCAGCUGGCUAUCUUGAUAUUAAGGAGAUGCCAAGAGGCCCAACUGGGGAAUGUAUAGGAGUGGAGGAACAGGCCGGUGCCUUAAAGUUCUCAGUAACACCAGCUUCCUGUCAGCUGCAACCUGGUGAAAAAAAGGCAGAGAGUAGUGAAGAACAUGUUACACCAGGAGAGCCACUUGGAAAACAAAAUGGAUCAUUUCUUGACUUUCAUGUGGGUAACCAGUUCCCCACCCUCAUUCGAAGUUUCCAGGUAGUAACUUAUUCAAUGAUGCAGGUCUAAUGACUGUCUUUGGAAGAGGGCCAGAAUCUGUCCUGUGUAGGAGAUGGUGGUGGUGUGCUGAGGGUAGUGGCCUCCCUGCUGUUUUCAAAAUCACAGAGUAAAAUUAAAGUCUUUGAUUGUGCCAAAGAAAUUCAUUCAGAGCAAUUAACUCCAUGGCUAGAAAUACUUUCUUCUCUGAUAACUGAACAAAACUCCAGCUGUCGGUCUUUAUGAAGCUGGUUAAGUGUGUUCAUCUUUUCCUUGCUCAAGUGUGGGCCAUGGAAAGAGGUGAAUUGUGGCAACUUCUUUGGUGAGGAGGCUUCAGUGUUCUGAGACCAUGCUUAAAAAAUUCAAAUACUCUUAAUUAAAGGGGCAACUCAUCUUCUUAUGAGAUUUCAGGCCCCAAAUUAUUUAUGUACUGCAGCCACAUUGUGCAGCCCACCACUCCCACUGACCCCACCCACAAGAGCUUCCAGGAUCAUAGGCACUGAUUUCCUAUGCUAAGGUGGUUGGCCACUUAACCUUAUCACAAUCAAAUGGUAGUUUCAGGGUGAUUUAUACUCCUGGGGAAGGUGAGCAGAUGGACAAGAAGGCCUUUGAUAUUCCACUAAUGUUCAUUCUUCUGAAAUUCUGGGAUUAAUCACCAGGUGGUGGUAGAACUGAUUGUUUUUUUUCUUUCCAGUUUUCCAAAUACUGCCUCUUCUCAGUAACUCCAAAGUGAAUCUCUGACAUUGAUUUGAAAGAAGUUAAUGAAGUCGAGGGUAAUGCAUUCCAUUGCCACUGCUGUUUCAUGUACCGUUUGUACUUAGUGGAGGAAAUGUGGCUGGUUUUCUUAAUUAUAAUGGUACAGACACAAGGACAAAUCAAAGUGAUUGCUAUUUGGCAAAUCGUUUUAUAUUCAAAUUCUGAAGUUCAGUCUGAAGUGUUUUAUAUCACCAAUCAUAACUGUCUGAUCUUACAGCUUUCCAAUAAGCUUAUGAAAGUUAUUACAGUAAUGCUGCUUUUUAAUAUCCCUCAUGAUUUGACACCUUGUCAGGGUUACUUUGGAAUACUGUCGAAGUCUUGGGCAAAAGUAAACACCUUUGGAGAUUGAGCUAGCCCUUUACUUAAUUAAAGCUAACACUUUGAUCAGAUCAGUGUCAGAAGAUUACUUCUCCAUUGCCUUCAGAAACACUCUAGUAACUCUUUCCUUACU